AUGGUCAUCAGUCAUGCAGACUUCUCUCAAAUUUUGGCCCAAAUCACUCAGAAUAUCGACCAGCUCAUGCGAUUACAUCCGGUCCUAGUUGCGAGCAUUGAUGACAGCGAUAUUCGACGUCCCAAGUGGCUACCAAACCACGAGGAUCCGCCUUUCGUCACUCACGACCCUAUGGUCCACCCCAUCAUCGGUCCUGAGGUUGACCCAGUGCAGUGUGUUACUCAGGUUGCAGAGACAGAGGACGCCGAAGCUCAGGGUUUCAAUCUAGCACAGGGACCUCUCUGGCGCGUUGGGAUCUACCAACUAACACAACAACCACUCAAUGGCUAUUUCAUCGCAUUGACCGUCCAUCAUGUCGUGACCGAUGGUAUAGGCGCCCUCAGGCUCUUCGAAGAGGUCAUGUGGCAACCGUCUGCUGUUCCGACAACAUCAUCUCGUCCACGACUGCAACCAAUGCCGCCCAAAGCACACAAAACGAUGAGAAUACAGCCCUCAGUUGCUGGUACUAUAAGGAAAGGAGCUCGGUGGAUCCUCAAACAAAGAUCUUCUGGCUCCUCUGGGAAGAUCAUGCGUGGGCUCGGUGCGAUAACCAAAUGGCCUCCGCCAGAAUUGUUGAAACAGCAACCGAGAAAGCCCGAAGUCAGCCAUGCAGCGGUUGAUUUUGGAAAAGACCAAAACAAAAUCGUCGAACGGUUGGAAGCUCUAGGACACCAGAUCGGCAGCGUCCAUUCGGUACUACACACCGCUGCCGUCGUUGCACUGGCAGCAGCCGUUUCCAAGGGCGUCGACGAGGACACUUUCGACACUAUCGGCACAGAAACGCCAAUGUCACUACGCAUCGAGGGCCAACAUCCACGAAUCGGAGGCCACUACAUGGGUCUUACUGAAAGGUCCACCCCACUAUCUAGUCUACGCUCAGAAACAAUCGCCAGCUUCACUAGACACAUGGACCGCUACAUGCAUUCGUCACAGGCAGAGAGCGACGCCAGAAGCAGAGUGGGAGAGUUUCGAUUGAUGCCUGAUCGACUGAUACCUGAUUUAUGGAAAGCUUGCCUCACCAAGAAAGGAAUGUCGGACGAUCCGUAUCGCAACUCGCUCAUGAUCUCCAACCUUGGUCGCUUCGAAACCAGACAUAUUCCAGGUCUGGACAAAGUUUGGUUCUGCCACGCGAGCAUGCCCUGGGGUGCUGCUAUAAACAUGGAUGUGGUCAGCCUCAGCUUGAAGAAGGCUUCAGAUGUCAGUGGAAGGAGAGACUCGAGGCUGACCGUCAUGGUUUCUUGGCUUGACGGCGCCAUUGAGAGGAAUAUCAUCGACCGCUUCUGUGCAGCACUUGUCAGAGUUAUCAACCUAAUGGCUAGAGCUGGAGGUGCACCAAACUUGGAUCGGCAUGCCAUGCGCACCAGAAAUCUUCAAGACCUUGCGGAUUAG